UGUAAUCUCUCUUGGAACCCAUGGUAGCUUAGACCCAGCAUGACCUCAGUGGUUCUCAACCAGGAGGAUGCAAGAGCAUCUACAGAAACCUACACUUACAGCAGCUAUCCCCGAGUGGUACCCAACAGAAAGCGGUAUCAAGAACACUACGUAAACAAUGGGCAAGAAGGGCCAAUUAACUAUGGGAACCUCAUGUAUGAUCGUAGAGUGGUUCGAGGAAACACAUAUGCUAUGCAGAUGUUAUCCUGGAGUCCAGAACCUGAACCUGCUGAAAUCAAGAAGCGACAUGAAGCCCACAAGAAAAUGCUUGAACGGCAGCAAUUAAAGAAAGAGAAUGAGGUCCAUCCACCAGAAAUUAAGGAUGUUGGAAAUCGCAGUGAUGUGCAGACAGAACUGUACCUGGAAGAGAUUUUAGAUCGUAUUAUUGAAGUUGACAUUGAGUGUCAAACAGAUGCUUUUAUAAAAAGGCUAUCCAGCCCAGUGUUCAUCCCACAGAAGACUGGAGUUGAUGUAGCAACACAAAUUGAAGAAGGAGAGCUCUUUGACUUUGAUGUUGAAGUUAAACCAAUGCUUGAGGUGUUGGUAGGGAAAACUUUGGAGCAAGCUUUGCUUGAAGUCAGAGAAGAAGAGGAUCUUAGCAAUCUUCGGGCACACCAACAUGUCUAUCAGGAAUUGCGCAAUGCAGAGUUGGCUGAAGUGCAACGCCUCGAAGAAAAAGAACGGCGACACAGCGAGGAGAAGAGACGUCGCAUGGCAAAGCAACAUGAAAUAAAAGCAAAAAGAGAAACGGUGUCUAAGAAAGUGGCAGCCCAGGCAUUUUCUUUCCAAUAUCUGGCAGAUCUGUUUCCUUCAGCCUUUUUUAACCUUCGAAGUCAAGGAUUUUUCUAUGAUGAAGUACAAAGAGAUAUUGAGAAAGGAUUCCUUCCAUAUGUGAUGGGCCGUGUAGAACUUCGGCUGCAGAAAACGCUUCUAGGAAGAAUAAUGACAGAUGGCUUAAUUAAUGAGGUCAUCAAAAAGAGAUUGGACAGCUUCGAGGAAAAUAAAUUACUACCAAAGUCUCCCCGGUAUAAAAUACUUAAAAACCAGGCAUCACAGUUUUCCAGGAAUGCUGCUAUGCUUAAAAAGCCCACUGAUUUCAGAAGACCUUCGAUGAGACAAUAAAGAGGAUGUCUACAUCCUAAUGCACAAAGAUUCAGAAUCUAAGAAAAUUUUAUAUAAACAUUUGGGAGAAUCUACUGAAUACUUGUGAAGAAAACUGUUAUUUUGGCAAGCAUUAAAUUGAAUGCUAUUUUUCAAGUGUUUUCUAACUGGGUAUUUUGUUUUAAACUUUUGUCAUUGUAGUUAUUAUUUUGACUUUAUUUCUAUAAUAAUAUUCUGUAAUUGAGAGAGACAUAUAGGAAUAUAGUAUACUAUUCCUGUAAAAAUGCAUUUUCUAAUAUGUGGAGGAAGUUUGGGUUUAGCCAUAUUAAAUUAUACCCAUUAAAAUCAAAAUGAUCUAAAUUA